AUGGAAUUUGGUCUUGUUCGGAACAUGACAGUUGCUGCUGAUGAAGAAAGAUACGUUGAUCCAGUUAUGCCAGAACAUAACUUUACAUUUCAAUCUGAAGAACAAAGAAGACAACAUCGUAGGGAAUAUAAAAGGACAUAUCAAAGAGAAUAUCGAAGAAGGAAACAAGAACAAAUGGAAAAUGUUCAAAGUCAAGAGCAACAACAUGUACAUAGUAAUGAAGCAAAUAGAAAAAAUUAUAAUACAAGAAGAGCACAAGUAAUAGAACAACAAUUAGAAAAUCAAAUUUCAAAAGAAGCAAAUCGAGAGGAGAAGACAGAUGAUCAAAGGGAAGAACUUCGACAAAAGCGUAAUAAUGCAGAGAGACAAAGAUAUGGUAGAAGAAGAGGAGAGAUAACAGUACAAGAAUUAGAAAAUGAACAGGGAGAAGAAGAAAAUUUCAGCAGAAAUAGAUGCCAAGGAAUUACAGAAGAAUCAACGACAAAUGAGUAUGUGCCUGAAAAUAGUGAAUAUGUACAACAUGAUAACUUAAAUGAAAGAAUGGAAAAUAAUGUAGACAAUCAUAGUGAAAUUCUUCAAAAUGAUUCUAGAAAUCUGCAAGUCAUUUUUCGAAACCGAAUAGAUAGCUUUCGUUUUCCAACAAUGUGUUAUGUGUGCCAAGAAUGUUACCUUGGAAUAAAAGUCAUACGCACAUCAGAAGGUCCUGUUUGUAAUAGGUGUUGGCAAGAAAAAGGAAACAACAGAUUUUCUUCUUCAAAUAAUAUGGACUCAGGGCCACAACCCAGAGAACUUGCAAAUCUAACUCAGGUAGAAGAGAUGUUGAUUGCUCGAGUAAAUCCAAUUUUACAGGUUACACAUGCAAUAGGUGGUCAAUAUAAAUACAAAGGUCACACGAUAAGUUUUCCACAGAAUAUUCAACAAAUUUCAAAAGUUCUUCCUCAUUCAAUCAAAGAGUUGCCAAUAAUUAUUGUUCGUAGAAAAGAUCAAAAAGGCACAAACUAUAAUUUUACAGUGAAUAGAGAUCAUGUGUACAAAGAACUACAAUAUAAAGUCGAAAAUGAUAAGUUCUACUCUGAUGUCACAAUUGAUUUUAAUGCUCUAAACGAUGUGGAAAGAGAUUGUGACCACAAUAUAUUCAAGCAAAUGAAAACAGUUAAUAUGGAAUUUGAUUAUGAUUCAAAUCAAAUAGUAUUUGUUGGCUCGAUUAUGGAGAUAGAUGAAAGAAACCUAAUAGAUCACACUACUUCUAUGGCUUCAAGACCACCUAAUGUGCAAAAAGAAAUGGAAUUAAUCCAUGCAUGGAUUAAUAACCCACACACAGAUCCUUUAAGAAUGAUUGAUUGGCCUGCAAUUGGUGUGUCUCCAAUUAACGAAUAUGUCACAUCAGGAUUAUUUGACAUGGCAUUCCCAGCACUAUUUGCUGAUGGUAGAUGUGACUGGUUAGAACCACGAAUAAUACAAGUUCACCUCCAUGAAUAUGUUAAGAAUUUGCUUCGAUAUAGGGAUCAUCAUUUUGGAAAACACCCAAGAUUUAGGUACUACAUGAUGAACAUGAUAAUGAGACAUCGAGCAAAUAGUUCAAGUGCAAUUUUUGCAAAAAGAAACUUUCAAGAUUUACCCAUCACCAUAAAUGAAUUGCGUGAGCACAUGGAGCAAUUGCCAACCUCACACCUAGCUGAUAAGUUGAUGCGAUUUGGGACAACAUUAAGAGGAACCAAGUCAUAUUGGUCAAAAUGCAGAGUAGAACUAUCUGACAUGCUACAUCAGAUAGGAACACCAACAAUAUUCUUCACACUAAGUGCAGCUGAUUUGUAUUGGCCAGAUUUACAUGAAUCAAUGCCAGGAACAACACCAAGUAAUCCACGUGAAGCUCAAAUAUGGAGGAAACAAAACGUUAUCGACUACCCUCACAUAGUUGCCCACUAUAUGCAUUUAAGACAUUCAAACUUUAGAAAAGAAAUAUUAGAAAAGGGCUUCAAUGUUAAAGACUAUUGGUGCAGAUAUGAGUGGCAACAUAGGGGAUCACCACAUGUUCAUGGAUUCUUAUGGAUACAUGGAGCACGAAAUAUGGAUAAUAUAGAUUGGUCUAAUGAACAGGAAGUAAAAACUGCAGAAAAAUAUUUUCAUUCCAUUGUUCAUGCAUGGAAUCCAAGACACGAUAUUCAUCAGCAAAAUGUACAAGCAUUUCCAAUUUUUUCUCUACAUCCAUGCUUAAAAAAUACAAGACAACUUAUUCAAAUGGAUUUAGAUCAAGAUUAUGAAGAAAUCCUAAACACUGUACAAAGACAUAUAAUCUGUAGAGAGGGUGCAUGCUUAAGAAAGAAAAAAGGAAGCAUGGUUUGCAAAUACAAUGCUCCUUGGAAUUUAAAUUUGCAUGGUUCAAAAUUAUAUGACGAUAAAGAUACCGGUGAAAAAAAAAUUGAUCCAGCAAGGAAUGAUGAUAGAGUCAAUUCACAUAAUCGUUAUAUAUUGCAAUUAUGGAGAGCCAACAUAGACUGGCAAACAGUUCUCUCAAAACAUGCUGUGAUAAAAUAUAUUGCAAAGUAUGCAGCAAAAGCAGAGAAAAGUUCAGAAACCUACCAUCAAAUGUUGAUGCGUCUUGCAAAUAUUGAGAACCCAGAUGAUCUUGCAGCGAAAGCAUAUAGCAAACUUCUAAAUGAAACUAUUAUUGAGAGAGAUGUUGGAGCUCAAGAAACAUCUCACAUGCUGUUAGAACUUCCACUCGUUGAAAGUAGUAGACGGUUUGUUAAUCUGAAUGUCUCAUGUGAAGUAUUCAAACCUGUGGCUAUAAAUGAUGGAGAGGAAAAUGAAGAACAUACACAAUCAUUCAUCAAUGGAUACAAAACAAGGCCAUUGUCUAUGGAAGUUGUCACAAUGAUUGAUGCAGCUAGAUCAUGGAUUUAUAAUAAUAGACGAAAAAGUGAUAACAAAUGGCAGGCCAGAAAAAAUGCAGCAAUAGUUAGAGUGUUUCCAAGAUUUUUAUCCAUGCCUCCACGUGAGGCAGGAAAAUUUGUUGGUUUUUGUUUUUCAGAAUUGUUACUCUACAAACCUUUCCGUGACAUAAGAAUAGAUAUUGGUGAUGACAAAAACUCCAUAAUAUCAAAUUGGGAGUCAUUUAAUUAUAAUCCAUGGCAUGUGGAGCGAACAAAUAAUGCAGAAAAUAAUGAGAAUAGUAGUGAUUCAGAAACUGAAAAAAAUAAAUUUGUUCAUGGAAACACUACAGAGCAUGAAUGGGAAAUCAUUUCUAGAUUACAUCAUGGUGAUGAAUACACAUCUCGAGCAAUCAACUUCAUCAAUACAGUGAGAGAUAAUGAAUGCCAUAUAUAUAAUGAUGUAGCAGAACAUAUCGAUUACAAAAGCCUCAGUGGAAAACAAGAAAAAGCAUUACGCAUUAUUAUGUCACACUAUUCUAUGGAUAAAAAUGUGACACCAUUGUAUAUGAUAGUUCAAGGAACAGUAGGAACGGGAAAGUCAUAUCUCAUUGGUGCAAUCACUAAAUCUCUCAAAAAUGCAGCCAUGCCUAAUCAAUCUCCCCUUUUACUGCUUGCACCAACCAGAGUUGCAGCAUUCAACAUAAGCGCAUCCACAAUUCAUUCGAAGUUGAAAAUUCCAAUAAAAGAUUUUAGUGAACUAGAAGGAACAAGAUUAACACAUUUUCAAGAAGAAAUGUCUCAUAUCAAAUACAUAUUGAUUGAUGAAAUGAGCUUCAUUGGAGAGAAAUUGUUGGAGAAUAUAGAUUGUAGACUUCGUCAAGCAUUCCCAAAAAAUCGUAAUCUCAACUUUGGAGGUAUUUCUAUGAUUUUAGUUGGAGAUUUAAAUCAGUUGCCUCCGAUUAGAGACAGAGCAGCAUAUGAUAGCAACAGACGAGCAAAACUAUUACAGGAUGGAGAAGAUAUACAGCAAAAGCAAUUUCGUGAACUAUUGACAAACAUGAGAGAAGCACACCCUACUAUUAAUGAUUGGAAGUUGUUAAUGUCAAGAACAAAUAGUAAUCUCACUGCAUCAAUGAAUGAGGAGUUUGACAAUAAUGUUCAUUUAUUCUCCACAAAUGAUAAUGUUCACAAUCAUAAUAGAAAAAAAUUAUAUUCACUAAAAGAACCUGUGGCACGCAGUGUUGCAACAAAAUCUGGAAAUCUUAGUGCAAUGGAAGGAAGUUUGCAGGAUGAACUUGAUAUGGAAUUGUUGAUCUCGAAGAAUGCAAGAGUAAUGUUAACUAUUAAUCUAUGGAUAGAAGCGGGUCUUGUAAAUGGAGCUUUAGGAUAUGUUGAAAACAUUGUAUACAAACCUGGAAGUAUGCCACCAAAACCACCAACGUAUGUAAUGGUUAAGUUUGAUACUUACUCUGGAAUACCGUUCAAUGCUCAAAACCCACAAACAGUUCCUAUCAAUGCAACACAUAGAGGAUCUACGACCCAGAUACCAUUGAGAUUGGCUUGGGCAAUGACAAUACAUAAAUCACAAGGUCUAACACUUGAAAAGGCAACAAUUGAUAUAGGUCCAACUGAAAGAACAGGAAUGACAUUUGUAGCUAUCUCUCGUGUAAAGUCCUUAGAAGGAGCUUAUUUUAUUCAAAUGUAUUGCAUCUAUAUUGUUAUGUAA